UGCGCCAACAAACGGACAACAUACAGGUAACCAUACCCCAGUGAAACCACUCACAUAUUCUAGAGUGGUUGAAAUAUCUAAACAAUCGAAGCCAAAAUCACUCACGAAACCUACUAUGCAAGCUGGACCGUCCAAGCAGAUGAAACCUGCGCGUAGUUUGCGAGGAGUAUGCGCUACUAAAACGACAACUCUUUACCUAGAGAAUAUUGCUAAAGAUGAGUGUGAAUCUGAUGAUGACAUUGUCUUACAAGUUAAGGACUACGCAACAACCAAAGGCAUUUCAAUCCAUCAAUGCUACGUUGUUCACAAUAAAGUGUCGACAUUACGCGUUGGCUGUAAGAUCACAGUCCCAGUCGAUCAGAUUGUCAGAGCACUCAAAGUGGAAACCUGGCCGGACCCUGUUGUAUGCAGAAAAUGGGAAUAUAAGCGCAAAAAGACGUCAUAUGGUACAUUUAAGAGGUCCUUGGAUUAUCCAGCCAUCGACAAUGACACAGACUACGAUCUACAUGAAGACAUAUAUGAAUCUACAAAUGAAUAUUACAGACAGUCAGUAUGGGAUAAUGAUGGAAACAAUCGCAUAUUUAAACAUGACGAAUCCCAAUGGUAACGUUAAAACAACCACUAACUAUCACCUGCUGGAAUGCUAACGGACUCUCUGC